AUGCCCUCCAUAACCCAGCCAACCCCCAUCCCGCGCAUCACAAAAUUCACCAACUGCCGUAUCCCCCACAACGACCAGCUCAUCGAGCAAGAUCUCUGGGUCGACUCCUCCUCCGGCAAGAUCCUCCAGGACCAACAGGCCUUCUACGAAUACCAGCUGUGUCCAGACCAAAUCAUCGAUCUGGGCGGCCGCAUCCUGACCCCCGGCUUCAUCGAUGUGCAACUCAACGGGGCUAGGGGUUUCGACUUCUCCGUGCCGCAAGCUACGAAGGAAGAGUAUGAUGCGGGUCUGCUGAAGGUGAACCAGGCGCUGGUCAAGAUGGGCGUGACGUCGUAUUUGCCUACGGUCACGAGCCAGCAGAGCUGGGUGUAUAAGGAGGUCCUCCGGUCCCUCGGCCCUUCCGGUGGAUCCCGCCGUCCCGUAGACGGGGCGGAAUCUCUUGGCGCCCACGUCGAAGGGCCCUUCCUCAGCCCCGGCAAAAACGGCAUCCACAGCCCCAGCGUUCUUAUAGCCGCCAACUCAGGUUUCCAGGACCUGAUAGAUUGCUACGGUGCCGAGAACCUCCUCCCGCCAACCACCAGCAGCUCCGAUACGGAUCCCGCCGCAACCCCCACAGCCACUUCAGCCUCCAACUCCGCCUCCGCCUCCGCCGCGGCCCGCACAACGCCAAAUAUAAAAAUGAUCACCGCCGCCCCCGAAGUCGGCCUGAUGAACUCCCUCAUCCCCUCCCUCAUCGCGGAGAACAUAGUCUUCUCCAUCGGCCACUCAGACGCAACCUACGAACAAGCCCUCGACGCCCUCGCCAACGGCGCGACGAUGAUAACCCAUCUCUUCAACGCCAUGCGGCCCUUCUACCACCGCCAUCCGGGCAUCUUCGGGCUUCUGGGCCAUCAGUCCCCGCAUACCAAGCGGCCCUUCUACGGCCUGAUUGCCGACGGCAUCCAUUUGCAUCCGACCAGCAUCCAGAUUGCAUACAAUGCGCAUCCGAGGGGGAUGGUGCUUGUCACAGACGCGAUGAAGCUGUGUGGGAUGCCGGAUGGGGUGUACGAGUGGACGAACGGGGAGAGGAUUGUGAAGAGGGGCCCGUUGCUGACGCUGGAGAGCUCCGUGAAUGGGAAUGCGAAUGGGAAUGGGGAGGUGGGGAAGAUUGCCGGGUCGUCUGCGACGUUGAUUGAGUGUGUGAAUAACUUCAGGAGGUGGGCGGGGACUGGGGUUGUGGAGGCCGUUAGAGCCGUGACGGAGACGCCGGCGAGGAUGCUAGGGCUUGUUGGGACGAAGGGGGUCUUGGUUCCUGGGGCCGAUGCGGACAUGGUUGUUCUGGGGGAGGACGAGGAGGGGACGCUGACCGUUGAUCAGGUUUGGAAGUUUGGGGUGAGGGUUUUCGAUCGGGAGAAGGAUGGGAGGGAUUGGAUGUAG